AUGCUGAAGGCGCAUCCCUCUACAUGGACUUCGACGAUGUUUCAAGGAAUCCAGCAGCACACGGUGAAGGGGUCAUCUUACACAUCGCGCAUCCUGCUCUACGUGCUCCCCCACAACCUUUAUAAAGGGAAGAAGAACAGGCUCUGGGAUCUUGUCAUGGACACUGUGACGCGAGAUAUGGAGCAGCUUUUUCAUCGUGGUGUGCAAGUGGAUGGAGCCACCUUUUACCCCGUGCUCAUCGCCGCAAAGGGUGAUUCACCCGCACUGAUUAAGCUUUUCAAGCUGGGCCGCUCUUUUACUCGUUGGGAGGGCAAGGCAGGGGUCUGUCCGUACUGUUUAGCAGGCCAACCAGGGAUUCCCUGGGAAGACCUCACAAAAACAGCAGCGUGGCGGUCUACCCGGUACACUACAAGGCCAUGGUCCCGGCAACACCCACCCAGCAUUGCAUCUGUGCCGUUUUCAGAUGUUCCAGAGAGGUGCAUAAGGCCAGACCUCAUGCACAUGGUGAAGUUGGGGAUCGGGCGGCAUUUUCUAGCCUCGGCCAUUGUUUGCUUGGGGGAGUGGAGCAUCUUUGAUGACGGGAACAAGAUUCUCAGUGUGGAAGGUCUACUCGACACUGUACAUCAAGACUUCGAGUACUGCUGUAAGCAUGAACUCAAGCAGACCGCCAACUUGAAGCAGUUCACAAAGGACCUGCUGCACUGGCCACGACGGUCAUCCUACCCAUGGGGCGGAUGGAAGGCCUCUGAUACGAUGAUUCUCCUUCGCUGGCUGUUGAAGCUAGUCACGACUGGCCCUGUUCUACGUGAUGCUUCAGGCCGCACUGGGGUUUCCUUGCAGGCGCAUUUUGCCGCCGAUGCCACCAAACAGUUGGUCUGCUGUGCAUUGCAAGAUGGCGCUUCGGCUCUUCUGCGCAUGUUUCAGAUUCUUUACAAGACUGAUGUUUGGUUGGAUAGAGAGGCCGCUACAGCUGUAGCUGAUGCCAUUGAUCUCUUUGCCAAUGUGUAUUGCUGUCUCGCGGGCAUCUUUCAUCGAGAAGUGAAGCAGUCAAGGUUCCACAUGGAGCCCACGCUCCAUCAUUUUGCACAUGUGUCUGAGCGUAUGCGAGAAGUGUUGGCGACUGGUGCUAACAAAGUUUUGUCCCCUGCAUGUUUUCUGUGCGAGCAAUCGGAGGACUUCGUCGGCCGCAUAAGCCGGCUGGCGAGACGAUGCGCUGCCCGCACAUGCGGGCAGCGAACCCUACAGCGCUAUUUGAUCAAGGUCUGUUUGGAGUGGGAACGCGCGUGA